AACAGAGAAAUAAAUCCAUUACGAGGAUAAGAUGGGCUUUCCAAGAUAAGGAGAAGGCAGACGUUACACAGCAGAUAUCGCUUGACUCGUAUCUCGUAUCAAGAAGCACCUCAAGCCCUGUGGGUUAGGCUGAUGCAUGUGUCCCAAAACGGGAUGUCGAUGAGCCUCACACCCUUUCCCCCGCUUUCUUUGACCGCCGGAGCUCUCCGCAGAACGUAACUGACUUCCAAUAUACCAAGCAAUCUUUGUCAAUUGAUCUCUGCCGGAACCAACUUUUGUCUGAAUUAUCUCAGAGACCUCUACUAGCGGCAGCUCCAAAGCCUUGACAACUCGAUCAUGGACUCCCGCCGUGCGGUCGCAACUCAAGGCGCCGAAGCAUCGACGGGAGGAACUAAUUCCACUCGUCAGCUUUCUGGAGGAUCGAAUGAAGAACCACCGUCGAAACGAGCCCGUUCAUCCGAUGAUAGGGUCCCGGAAGGUCCUGCUAGCAUGAGACACCUUCUGAAUCCCGAGACUUCAGUCCCUGGGGGCGGUAGUAACGAUGCAGCUCCUGCAAAUUUCAGUUCAGAGAUGUGCGAAAUGAAAGCACCUCAACACACCGAAAGAUCAUACGUCCAGGAAGUUAAGUCUAAUAGCUUACCAACUACGGCAAUUUCUCCACAUCAGAUUUUCGGCGAGGGGCAAGUUCCAGUCAUGCGCACUGAGAGCCUCGUCCAGGGGAGUCUUGCUCUCAUCGACAUAAUAGAAUCCCCGACUGCAGAUGCAACCCCACGAAAAACCUUUGCUCGAAAAACAAUUCCGGCCUCGCGAGUUCAAAAUGCACGUGGCUUUCUUGAAGCACUAGAAGCCAACAAAUCCCUCCGCCACCAACACCUGGUCACUGUGCUCCUGACGUAUGAAGAAGUCGAUCCUCAAAAUCACAAUUAUGGAAUCAUUAUGGAUCCUGUUGCUCAAGGCAACCUCAAGGACUACUUAGAAGAGGUCAUCGAUAGCGGCAAAUAUAUGGAGCCAGACACCCGGAUGUCCUUGCGGAAAUGGUUUGGUUGCCUGGCCAGUGCAUUAGCCUACAUACAUGCAAAAGAUAUUCGUCAUGAAAAUAUCCAACCAUCCAAUAUCCUCGUAAAGGAUAGCGAUGUAUUCUUCACAUUCUUUGGAGUCUCUAAAUACUUCCGAGGCGAUGAUAUACCGGGAGGAACAACCAGCGGACCAGAUGCUCAACCCGGCACUUAUGUAGCCCCAGAAGUCGAAUCUACUCGGCCUCCAGAUUUCAAGGCUGAUAUCUUCUCUCUCGGCUGCGUCUAUCUUGAACUCCUGGCGACUCUCGCGGGCAAGUAUCGAAAGGGCUUUGCACAGUGGCGAAGUAAACAAACUUCAUCAGAUAUCCAAAUCUAUUUGGGGCAAUUAUCGGUGUAUUUAGAGUGCGGUCAAGAUAAAUCCUCAAGCGAGUUUUAUCAACGGAUGGUUAAGGUCUGCAGUCAAAUGCUGGAAGAUAAUCCCUCGAUUCGACCCUCAGCAUUCAUGAUUGCCAAAUCUGUGCUUGAGGUGCAACAAAGGAGCCCGGAAAGUGAUUGUGAUUGUAUGAUUCCAUGGUUCAGCUCUGGUGAUUGUACCAUUACUAUGAAAUUGAGUGGCCUUAACAUAGCGAAACUACGUACCAAGUCGAAGAACAUGGGUUUCGGAUCCUUUCGCUUGCCCCUCAGGUAAGUCAUCUAGAAUCUUGUUGGUUAUAUCUAUCUCAUAUGUUCCUAGCCUUUUGAAGUUCUACGAGGAACCGAUUUGUAAGCUCUGUAAAGC